AUGUCCACCGCCGAGGAACUACUGCGCGACUUUGAAGACGAUGAAGAAGACUUUCAACAAGAUGAAGACCUCGAACAAGAUCAAGAUCAGGACCAGGAUAUUGAUGAGGAACAAGCUGCUAUCAGAGAAGGCGCAGAAGCAACAAAUGAAUUCGAUCGUUCAAUUACAACAGGAGACGAGCUCACUCGACUACACAAAGUUCUACGCGAUCACUACUCUAUCCGAUUUCCCGAACUAGAGACCCUCGUCACGAAUCCUAUUAAAUAUGCGAAAACUGUUGCCAUUCUCAAAAAUGGUCCCUUCGAUGAUAUUAAGGCGCUUUCCAACUCUGCAGACAAUUUGGCAGAGGAGUCGCUCAAAUCUGUCCUGGAUGGGCCCUCUCUGAUGGUCGUGGCAGUCGAAGGAACCACCACUCGCGGCCGCGAGAUGAGCGAUUCAGAGCUUAAGGUGGUUAUGGACAUAUGCGAGAAGAUUAUCCGUCUUGAUCGUGAACGUAUUGCUCUGACAGAGAGUAUUCGGUCUCGUGUGAACCAAAUUGCCCCCAACCUAGCCACACUGAUCGGGCCUCAAACCGCUGCUCAAUUUCUCAACCAGACCGGUGGACUACUGGAACUGGCAAAAAUCCCAGCAUGUAAUUUGGGUGCGCAAGGAUCCAGGCGGCAGGAUGGAUUGGGUUUCGCUACGAACCAUGGAGUCCGCUCACAAGGCUUUCUCUACGACUCGCCUCUUAUUCAAGAAGUUCCUAAUGACCUUCAAAAACAAGCCAUCCGGAUUGUUUCCGCAAAGAUGGUUCUUGCAGCUCGUGCCGACGUCUCAAACUACAGCAAAGAUGGCUCCCUGGGCGAAGAGUUGAAAGAACAAUGCUUCAAACGAUUAGAGAAAUUGACUGAGGCUGCCCCUAACUCUGGCGUGAAGGCCCUCCCGGCGCCGGACGACAAGCCGUCCAGAAAGCGUGGUGGACGACGUGCACGAAAAGCCAAGGAGGCCAUUGCCAUGACCGAAUUGCGCAAAGCUCAGAACCGUGUUGCAUUUGGCAAGGAGGAGUCAGAGGUUGGCUAUGGCGCUGGUGAAGGCACCGUUGGGUUGGGUAUGUUGGGCCAACAGAAUGAUGGUCGUAUCCGUGCGACACAAAUCGACCAGCGGACCCGUGCGAAGCUCAGCAAGAAUAACAAGGGCUGGGGUGCUGCCACUUCUGCGAGUGGCACCGCUUCCUCUUUGCGUGGAUUUGGCCAGGGUGGCAUUAGUGGUACUGCUAGUGUCCUUCAAUCCAAGGGUCUUCGGAGCUCAGGUGUAGGCACAUCACUAGGUGGCGGCUCUGCCGGUACUGCAAGUACCAUUGCUUUUACCCCCGUUCAGGGACUCGAGCUGGUUGAUCCUAAAGUGCAAGCUGAGCUCAGUCGAAAACGUAAGGCCGAAGAAGACCGCUGGUUCAACUCUGGAACGUUUACACAAGUUGGCGGCGGUCAAAGUGGUAGCCAAACUAAAGAGAAGGAAGGGUUUAAAGUCCCAGCCCUGCCACCCAAGAAAAAGAUAGACACUGGAGAUGGCAAGAUGGGUCCACCUACUAAGCCAUAA